AUGAUUGAGCUUACACUUACUUUCAUCUCAUUAUUGUUGCAACAAAUAUCAUUUUUUUCACAUUAAAAAUUAGAUGCACAAUCAUCUUCUUUUUCAAUAUUUGAUAUAUAUUUAAUAAUUAUCAUAAUAGAACUAUUUUUCAUUAUAUUCAUCACUUUGAUUUUUUAAAGAACAUAAAUAAAUUUACAACAUUGAAUGCAAAUUUUUUGGAGUUAGGCAUUAUGGAUAACUGAAAUAGUGAAACAUCAACAUCAGUUUCUUAAACCAUCAUCAAAAUUUAAUUAUUGUACCCAUGAGAAUAAAACUGGCCUUUGUGUUCAUUUUUUUGUAAUGACACUAAAAUAUUAUAACAAUUCCAAUAAUGAACAUUGUUCUCCUUUCUACAACAUUUUUUUUCCAUCUAAUUUACAUGUUUUUCAUUCCACCUCCACCUAUAGAAAUGACGUUUAAAUUGGAGAACUUUCAUCCAUUUUCUACAUUUACAUCACAAGGACGAAUAACAUAUAUGCCAUGAUAUUAAUAUAUAUGAUCACCUAAUUAUCUUUAACAUUCCAAUUCUAUACCUUCAAUUUUUCUCUAUAUUGAACCAGGCUUGUAAAGGAUAGGGAGUGAGAUUUAUGAUACCUUUAAAACGACAUAAAAAUUUUAGGGGAAGGAGCUACACAAUUGUGUAGUUUUGAUGGAGAGGGGAUGGCACCUACAUGGGGCUAGUAUUGCCAAUAUUUGCUACACAAUAGUGCUAGACAAGCAUGGAUGGUUUUGUUGAGGCAGUGGCUUGAGGAAUGAUGCUAAGAGAGAAAGGGAAGUGGUGGGAGGCUUGGUCACUGCAAAUGCAAACAGACAAUAGACAAGCCCGAAGAUAUGGUUGGAUAUGAUGGCCAUUGGAGAGAGAGAGAGAGAGAGAGAGAGAGAGAGAGAAGGGGAGGAUGCAUUAUGCGAUUUAGGGGCAUAAGGGUGUUAUUGUCUUUGCAAACUAUGUUUAAGUGUUAUCAAAAGUUAAGAGUCACUUACCUCGAGUAUAUGAGGCAAAUAUUGCCGCUCCCUAAGGAUUUUAAAGGAAGCCAUUGAGAAUUUUGGGGGGUUGCCAAGUCCUAUUUGGGCUGGCCUAGUAAUCCAUCUCUCUCUUUCUUUGGCACGAUAAUUGGCAAUUGGAUUGGCACAAUAAACCCUUUCAGACCAUUAGGCCUAUAAAUCAUGAGAAUUGUGUCGGGCAAAAGUACUCUCCUUUCAUCUUAUUUUUGAGUCAAUGGGCAAACGGUCCCCAUUGACAGAAUUGCCGAACAUGGAAAGUCAAAACUAGAUGAUACGCAACCCAUAUGCGCACACGCGAUCGUGUGUUCACGGGGAUGGUCACUUGAUCUCCUCAUAGUCUCCGAAACCGUCCCGCAUGCCAUCUCUUCUUCUCCUCCUCUCAUGGACAGACUUGUAGUACAGAUACUGCAGUAAGAUCUGUUCACAAAAUGGUUAAGUGAACAAUAUGCAUAUUAUAAUUUCAAUUCCUAGAAGAGUGAACCCUAACCCUCCUCUCUCUCUCUCUCUCUCUCUCUCUCUCUCUCUCUCUCUCUCUCUGUAUGUGUCUGUAGUCUGUCUCUAUGUAUGACCGUUCCAUGGGGGUCCAGCCCAAAGCUUUGAAAGGGAUGGAUGGUGCAUUUUACGUAAAUUCUGGCCAAGGAUACGAGGAGAUCUAGUAUAACGCAGACUGCUGCGUCCAGUAGCCAUGGUGCGUUGGCUUUUAUUCUUCUCCACUUCACACUCUUCACCAGUAUGCUGAGACAAAAAAGGAGAUCGAUAUCUCAGUCAUAGCGAGAGAGAGAGAGAUAGAGAGAGAGAGAGAGAGAGAGACCUUCCCACGUAAGAAACAUUAGCGAGGACGGCCAGUAGGAACAUGACGGGGUUCAAGCCCUGCAGAAAACAUCAACGGAGCCAGAGAUUAGAGAGAGAAAAUCACCACCGAUCGCAGAUCUUUGCUCCUUUCUCCACCAAUCAUCUCCAGUGA